AUGGCACAAGGCCGAGCUGAAAACACUGACACGACGCUCAAGACUUCGAGUGAUUUUCUUACGCUCACGCAAAUCCCAGGGUUGGGCGAUGCCGUCAAUGCCAUUUCAGAGAUCAUAGGAAUGAUUGCGCAACGAUGCGAGAAGGAGCAGCUCUCACCCCGCGCGUUGAAGAUACCAACCGAGCUGAAAUCGCGAAUCAAAAAUCUCAUAAAGUUUGAGGCAGUUCUUCUACCGUAUUUCGCACAAUUGACUUCCGUGAAUAGCAAGCUACACUCUAUCAAACACAACACCAAAGAGAUGCGAACAGAGUCCAGCGACGCGAAGAAGAUUUUUGGUGCCAAGGUAUACACCGACAAGUUGAAGGACCUGGAGGAGGACCUGAAGAAUGCAAGAACCGAUUUUGAGCUUCAAGGUCAAAUUCGCAUUGAAUCACUCGUCGAUGGCAUGUUCUGCACGAUGAACAUGGAUCAAGGCGACGUAUCGGCUUUGGUGCGGCUACUGAUUGACAAAGACGUGCAUGAAACACUUGAUAAACUCAAGCCCGCACUCGAAGCCGGAUACCGCUCAAAUGUUCAUAGCGCCAAGGCCCAGCAUCUCGAAGGCACUCGCGUGGAUCUCAUCCGCGAGAUCUAUGAUUGGGCUACAGCUUCCCCCAAUGCGCCAAAUCAUCCCAUACACAUUCUCACAGGUGUCGCAGGCGCGGGCAAGUCCACGAUCGCGUCUCAUAUUGCGAAACGCCUGGACGAUGAAGGGAGAUUGGGCGCUUCGUUUUUCUUCGACCGCGGCUCGAACGGACUGAACACAACGCAUUCCGUGUUUACGACGCUUGCGUAUCAGCUUGCGCAGCAGCAACCAGUGGCCGUCAUUCACCAUUUUGUCGACGCUGCUCGCUCGUAUCUUCAAAGAGGACCCGACCAGCAGAUGAAAUACGCACUAGACGAGCUCAUCUUACGUCCACUGAAAGCUACGCGCCCGACUCGCCCGGUCACCUUAGUCAUCGACGCACUCGAUGAGUGCACUAAACGCCCGGAGGAGCUCGUACCCCAGGUGCUCCGUCUGCUCUCCAAUAUGGGUUUGAAUACAGAUCUUCCUUUCCGCAUUUUCAUCACCAGUCGUCCGGAGUACUAUAUCGAGGAGGCUCUGAGAUCGGCGUCGUUCUCCAAGGAUAGCCAUCGCUUCAGGCUGCAGGAUGUCCCAAGGCAUACCGUUGAUGCCGAUAUCCAGUUGUAUCUCGAACACAAUUUAGAGAUGAUACCGAGUGUAGCAGCACAGCUGGUCACUCUCCCCUACGCAAUUCCGACGCUGGUGAAGAGAACCGAGGGUCCUCUAUCUUUGCCUCCACAAUCAUCAAGCUCUUUCAGCAGGGCCCGGAACACGCUCGUGAAAUCGUAG